CGAGGUAUAAAACCGGAGAGCGGCGUCACAGCAACACACUCCAGCGCAAUAUUCGCUGAACACGUACAAGCAAAGCGAACAUGAAGCUAUUGAGGUCGGUCUUAAUCCUGGCCGUGGCUUUGAGCCUGGCCACGGCAGAGGAAAAGGCGGGGAAGAACACAAAGGCUGUAGAAGGAAAAAAACAAGAGAAGAGAGGUCUGUCAGAUUUCGGAUAUGGCGAUAUCGGAGGUCAUGGUGAUAUUGGUGGUCAUGGUGACAUUGGAGGCGACAUCGGUGGUCACGGCGACAUCGGGGGUGACAUCGGAGGUGACAUUGGGGGGCACGGUGACAUCGGAGGCGAUACUAGUGGCGGUGACAUAGGAGGUCAUGCCGAGCUCGGUGGAUACGAAGGCGGUCAUGACGAACACGUCAAAACUGUCACAGUCGUGAAGAAAGUGCAAGUGCCUUACCCAGUGGAGAAACACAUUCCGGUACCCGUCGAGAAACAUGUGCCUGUACCAGUGAAAGUGCCCUACCCACAGCCGUACCCAGUCGUGAAAACUGUUCACUUUCCCGUAAAGGAAUACAUUAAAGUGCCUGAAUACAUCCCUAAACCCUACCCGGUUACAAAGCACAUACCUGUACCUGUCAAAGUGCACGUUGACCGACCAGUUCCAGUAAAAGUAUACGAAAAAGUACCCUACCCUGUGGAGAAACACAUCCAUGUACCCGUUAAGGUCCCAGUACCACACCCAUACCCAGUAGAGAAGAAAGUGCACGUCCCAUACAAGGUCCCAGUGAAGGUACAUGUACCCUAUCCAGUUGAGAAGAUCGUCCACUAUCCAGUGAAGGUACCCGUUGACAACCCAGUCCCAGUGCACGUUGAGAAACCUGUCCCUGUUCAUGUGGAGAAGCCAGUGCCGUACCCAGUGGAGAAGAAAGUACCCUACCCAGUCAAAGUGCCUUACGACAACCCAGUGCCCGUCCACGUUGAGAAGCCAGUACCUUACCACGUAAAGGUUCCUGUGCCAGCUCCUUACCCCGUGGAGAAGGUCAUCCCUUACCCAGUGGAGAAGAAGGUGCCAGUCCCUGUUAAAAUUCCAGUGCCAAGGCCUUACCCCGUGCACAUUGAGAAACACGUGCCAUACCAUGUAGAGAAACACGUACCUUACCCAGUUAAGGUUUCAGUGCCAGUAGUACAUGAGGAAAAGCACGAAAUCUCUCACGAAAGCCACGGUUGGAGUGGUUCUGAGGGUGGCAGCGAGGGUGGGUACGAGGGUGGAUACGAAGGCGGAUAUGGGGGUGGCGACGAAUACCACCAUUAA